CUUCGGAUUCAUCGUAGUGGUUGUAUCGCCGUGCUCAUAUACUUCAUAUACUGUAUAGAGAUACCAUAAUCAAGCAAUUCAAGCAAGGAUGUCCAAAUUCGUAGUCUUCGGCGGAGGCGGCAAGGUCGCCCUCAAGUUCGCUUCUUCGGCCAUUAAGAAGGGCCAUAGCGUUAUUGCUGUCGUCAGGAACGAUUCUCAUGACGAAGAGAUCAAAUCCGUCGGCGCCCGACCACACCUCCUCUCCCUGGAAGAAGCUUCCGUACAAGAUAUAGUUCAACUCUUAGAUGCAGAGAAACCGGAUGGGGUGGUCUUCAGUGCCGGGUCUGGGGGGAAGGGAGGGGAAGAGAGGACCAAGGCGGUGGAUUAUGAAGGUGCUCUGAAGGUGUUUGACGCUAUGGAGAGUGCCAACGUUCAUCGGAUCGUCAUGGUAUCCGCAACGGACCUCCGGGACACCUCGAAAGGUUACCCGGAGUACUAUAACGAGGCUUCCCGGAAAUUGAGUGAUAGGAUGUAUCAAGCCAUCCCAGCCUACAUGAAAUACAAACGACUCGCCGAUCUGGACCUGUACGCGAGAAAGUCUUUGAGGUUCACCAUCAUCCGUCCAGGGGGGCUUACGGAUGAUAAGACGGAUGGGAGGUGUGAGCUGGGGAGACCUCAGUUAGGCAAGGUGCCAAGAGAGACGGUAGGAGAAAUCAUCCUAGCUACGAUGCUCGACAAGGGCUCGUACGGACAAGUCUGGGACCUCAUGGAAGGCUCGACGCCGAUCGAAGAGGCUGUGGAGCAGGCUGUUGAGGGGGAUUUGAGUUCUUGGCAUGACUGAAGACGCUGGGUCUGACGCGAUGGGUGUGGGAGAAUAAGACGUUCGGUUGUAUCGCAGUGCGGAUGAGGGGGUUGUCAGAGAACAAGACAAGGAUGAUGUUGUAUCGUAUGAAUAACGACGAUAGAUAUCUGGCACACCUGUAAACUGCAUCAAAUCUUGUCCCGAG